CAGCCCGUUCUGUUAUAUUGGAGUAAACACAAACUCCUCCCUCCCGGUGACAGGCGGCAACACUGAAGCGUCGCCUCGGCUUUUCCAAGACAAUCUGCGCUCAGGACUGAAUAUUAAAGCCAUCCAAGGUGGUGAGAAUCCCUUUAAGGCUUACAGUGCUGCUCCUCAAACAUUUUGGCUGACUCCUGCUUGAUAAACUCCUGGAAGUGAAAAGCUGAGACCCACAAGUGGACAAGGGAUUCACGUCACUCCAACAUGCCUUCUUCUGUCUAACUACUCCCUGGAGAUAACUACAACAAUGUGACCACUCGAAUCGAUCAGAACCAUGUGACCUGCUAUUAUGGAUACGAGGAAAGGCUUACACUGAAUUAAAACUCAUCCAGUCACAAUGGUUCUACUUUUGUUUGUCAUGACAACCACAGCAAACAGUUCCACAACAUCCAGUAGUCCAGAAGACACAGGUACCCAAUACAUCAUCCCCACUGUGCUGGUUGUGUCCCUGCUCGUCCUCAUCAUCGCACUGCUAGCCUGGUACUUCCUCAGGUUAAAAAACCAGAGGAAAGCUGUAGUCACAACAGUUGACAAGAAGAUACCAAAUGGCAUCCUGGAGGAACAAGAGCUUGGAUACAGUACUGAGUCGUUAUACACCGUUAUACCACCAGAGCAACAGACGGUGGUUCUUCUGCCCAGAUCCUCUUCUGCCUCCAAGACAUACUUGCCCAUCCCAGUUGACCACCUAGAGGAGGAAUACAGGCUCCGCUCAGCUGAUGAUGGCAAGCUGUUCAGGGAGGAGUACAAUUCCUUGCCAGGGGGUAAUCCCCAAGGGACAUAUGAAGAGGCAAACAAGGAAGAAAAUAAGGAGAAGAACAGAUACCCCAACAUCCUUCCCUAUGAUCAUUCUAGAGUGGUGUUAACAGAGCUGGAGGGAAAUCCCUGUUCAGACUAUGUGAAUGCCUCUUACAUUGAUGGUUACACGGAAAAGAACAAAUUCAUAGGCGCACAAGGUCCAAAAGAAGACACUGUAGCAGAUUUCUGGCGGAUGAUUUGGGAGCAGAAAGUAUCAACCAUUGUUAUGUUGACAAAUCUGAAAGAAAGAAAAGAAGACAAAUGUUACCAGUACUGGCCAGACCAGGGUUGUUGGACUUACGGAAAUGUGAGGGUAGCGGUCGAUGACUUCACAGUCCUGGUGGAUUACACCAUACGCAAGUUCUGUGUGCAAUAUCAGGCCAGUGAUGCCGCUAAGACUCCCCGCCUCGUCACCCAGCUCCAUUUCACCAGCUGGCCUGACUUUGGAGUUCCUUUCUCCCCAAUUGGAAUGCUCAAGUUUCUCAAAAAGGUCAAGUCAGUAAAUCCCGACUUCGCUGGGCCCAUUGUGGUCCACUGCAGUGCUGGUGUUGGGAGGACGGGAACCUUCAUUGUAAUAGAUGCCAUGAUUGAAAUGAUGCAUGCAGAGCAGAAAAUCGACGUGUUUGGGUUUGUCUCCAAGAUACGAGAGCAGCGCUCGCAACUCAUCCAGACAGAUAUGCAGUACUCAUUCGUCUAUCAGGCCUUGCUUGAAUACUACCUCUAUGGAGACACAGAACUGGAUGUUUCAUCUCUGGAAGGUCAUCUGCAGAAACUACACAACACCUUUAAUGAUGGUGAUCGGAUUGGCCUGGAGGAAGAGUUUAAGAAACUGACCAACAUGCGCAUAAUGAAAGAGAACAUGAGAACAGGAAACCUCCCAGCCAACAUGAAGAAGAACAGAGUUCUGCAAAUUAUUCCCUAUGACUUCAACAGAGUAAUUCUUUCCAUGAGAAGAGGUCAAGAGUACACAGAUUAUGUCAAUGCCUCUUUUAUAGAUGGCUACAGACACAAGGACUACUACAUCGCCACACAGGGCCCUCUGCAGCACACAGUGGAGGAUUUUUGGAGAAUGGUGUGGGAGUGGAAAUGUCACUCCAUAGUCAUGCUCACUGAGCUCCAGGAGAGGGAGCAGGACAAAUGUUGCCAAUACUGGCCGACAGAGGACUCAGUCACCUAUGGAGACUACACGGUAGAGCUAAAGGGAGACACCCUGUGUGAAACCUUUAGCCUACGAGACUUGGUACUCACCUUUGUUCCGGAGAAGCAGACAAGGAUGAUCAGGCACUUCCACUUCCACGGCUGGCCAGAGAUCGGAAUCCCGGCCGAGGGGAAAGGCAUGAUCGACAUUAUCGCCGCAGUGCAGAAACAGCAGCAGCAGUCUGGGAACCACCCCAUUGUUGUACACUGCAGUGCUGGUGCAGGGCGAACAGGUACGUUCAUUGCACUGAGCAAUAUAUUGGAGCGAGUCAAGGCAGAAGGCCUGCUGGACGUGUUUCAAACUGUGAAGAGUUUACGCAUGCAGAGGCCUCACAUGGUCCAAACAGUGGAACAAUAUGACUUCUGCUACAGGGUGGUACAAGACUUUGUUGACAUUUUCUCAGACUAUGCCAAUUUUAAAUGAUGAGAUUUGCCUUAAACAUGGUUUUUAAAUGUUGUUUUCUAAAGCCAGUUUGUCAGUUUUAUGCUUUUCUUUAACUUGGUUAAAAUAAUCUUCUAUUUUGCUAUGCACUUGUCCUACCAUUAACUCCAGCUCCUUUCUCGCUGUAAUAUAUGGUAUGUCAGUCGAUGAGAAUUGUAAAUGAAAAAGCUAGAUUAAUAAUGUAUAUUUCACAACAUGUAUGAUCAUUUCUUCGUCAUGAAGUGUUGUUUCAGAGUCCGAUUUUAGUUUUGUUGUAUAAUAUUGUACUUUAAAUGUUUGUGUUAUUUUGGAUUGACCACAUAAUAUUUUUAAAAGUUGUAGUUAUUGUAAAUGUAUUUAUGUAUUGACAAUGACAUUCCUUUCUUUUAUUUGGAGAAGAUGGCAGGAAUGUUAAUAUUUGUUUUAUGUUGUAGUUAAUUGUACACAUACAUUCUUUCAUUUUGAUGACUUCUGAGAUUAGAGGUGAUACUGAAACUGUUUUUCAUUCUCCUCGAGCUACAUGGCCAUCACGAUUGUGAUGCUUUUUCCAAUGGAAACUGUGUCUGAAAAUGAAUGAAUGAAUCACAUCAACCAUAAUGCAGAGGGCAUAAAGUUAUGCACCAAAGGCUGAGGUGACGACACAUCGGUUUUAGUUUGUUUUUUUAAAAUAUGGACUGAGGCAGAAGUUCAACAGACGUAGCAGAAUCGCAAAAGAUUCUUAAACUUUAACGUUUUGUACCUCAAAAGGUCGUGUAACUGCAGUGAACAUGGAUGUAACAUAACUAGAGUCUGCCUUUUGUCUGUAGACAGCAAAAAGCAUUUUGCUAAAGUGGCUGCACAUUAACAAGCACACAACUAAGCCUUUUACCAAGAACCUGUAAUACCGAAGAGCAUGUUUACUGCUUUAUUUGUAUUUUAGACUAGAGUUUUACACAAAUUAGUGCCAUAUGUACUUUUUAAAGACAUGAAGUGUGGUCUUCAAAUGUAGUAACUGCAGUAUAAUUUUACGAUGCACAGUCACCAUACAGGGAAGUAAUAGAAGUUCAUCAUUAAUCCUGAGUCCUGUAAUGGCAAAAACCACAAUAUACUAAUGUGGUGCUUCAGUGCCUGUCUAAUGCCAGAGAAACAAAAACAGCCCAUUAUAUCUACGUCUACUUCUUUGACAUCUUUUAGAUUCCAUUGGUUUGUUUUGGCACAGUGGUAAAAAUGAGGAAGCAGAAUGUUUUAAAUAAAAACUGUCCAGUGGAGUUUGAGUCUUUUGAAAGUAUCUGAAUGUUUGAGCUUUUCUGUGCAUUUUUCUGAGGUAAAUCCAUCUGGUACUCCAUUAAGCAAUUUUGUUGAUGCUGUAUGUAAAUAUAGGCUGACAUGACAAAGUGCUAACAUUGUGAAAUUCGCUGAGCAGCAAGAACCUGUCAAGUGAUUGGUCAUAUUUCCAUGUGCUAAAUGUAUAUGUCUGUGGGAGAUGUGAGGUUAAGCACAAGAAACAACCCGAGUCUAUUUUUCCCAUGGCUCCUUUUCUGUCCGUGCACCCCUUUUGAGAAACUCGAGGAGAGUCUGUUUAACCUACAGCUCUGCCUUUGCUAUCUCUGUGGGUGGCCUAUCCCUUUUUUGACUCUCAGUGUCUUUGAAAUGCAAAUUGCAAUAUUAAAAUCUUCUGAAAAUGC